AAACUUCGCUCUAUCUGAAAAUUCUCAAAGCUCUCUCUCUCUCUCUCUCAUUUCUUUGCCAACGCGUUCUAUUCGCUUCUGUUUUCUGUUUUUCCUAUUAUAUAUAAUAUAGCAUUUCAUUUUCUGCAUUUUUCAUUCUAUAUUGUGUUUGUGUUUCCAUUUUUGCAUUGAAUCUUUUUGGCAUUUCAGUCAUCAUCAAUGGCCCAAAUCAAAGAUACCCACAUCGUAGAAAUCCCAGUAGAUGAAGAGCACCAACAAAAGCAACUCUUAUCUGCAAUCCAACACCACCCAUUAAUGGAAAUCUCAGAAAGCCCCGGCCAUCUCUUGCUUCUCAAGCUCUGGCAAAGAGAAGAGGAUCUUUAUGGCCGGCGCAUUGCUCUCAAAGAAACUAGAAUAGACUCUCUCAAGAGAGAAAUUUUCCAACUUUGCUGUUUCCUUUUCAUCUUUCAUGGACUUUUCUUGACUAUGUUGUUUACCUCUUCCAUUAAGUCCCAAGAUCAGGACCAGCAUACACAUGAUACUUGUAAGAAAUGGUGGAUACCGGCUCUUUUAUUGCUGUCCACCUCGUCUGCUGUUGUGUUAUUGGUUCAGGUGAAGCUUUUCAGGUUCUGGAAGGUGUGGAAGCAGUUGCAAAGGGAGAGGAAUGAUAACCGAGCGCUUGCGAGGUGUAUUCAGGAACUGAGGAUGAAAGGGGCUAGCUUUGAUUUGUCUAAAGAGCCCCAAUGUGGGAAGAAGAUGAAAAGCUCCAGCGUUGAGAUCAAAUGGAAGCCACUUACUUGGUGUUCUCAGUAUCUGAUUACCAUUGCUCUUGUCUGCUUUACAGGUUUGGUGUUUCCGGCUAGCGAGUUCAUCAUCUGUGGCUUCUAAUCAUGGGAAUUGUUUGUUCGAUGGGUAAUAUAUCUGUGAGAGCAGAAAAAGUUUCCGCAGGCUGUGUUAUGGAUGAAUGUGACCCAGAAUAGAAUUGUACAUGGAGCUGUCUGAUUAAUCUAACCGUGUCUCAAGACCUCUCAUGCAGGAUUUAUGAAAUAUUCCGGCAGACUUUGAAGGCUGGUAAUGGAAGAAAUCUUACUCCAUUACGUCUGUUCAAUCUCUUCAAGGGGAUGAAGCGUGUUUGGUCCGAUCACCAGAACAAGCAAACUAUAUAACCGUUUGAAGUUCUGAUUAUAUUUAGGUUGAAAGUUGAAGAAAUUGAUCAGAUUUUCAUCUCUGAAUUGUGCUACUGAUUAUAAUGAGAGGUGCCUGAUUGAGUGGAGCGGUGAUAGCUAAAUCACAAGAGGACUUUGCGAGUGCAAGAAAGCAACUUCAAAUAAAAUACAUCAUUUGCCUUGAACAUGAGCACAUUUUAUAGCCAGCAAAAUUAUACUAUUCCAGACUUUGGUGCCAGGAUUCUUCUUCUCUUGCAGUCUUUGUAAUAUGGCGCAUUAGAAAAGGCACUAUCUAUCAUUGGUUUGAGGAUUCUUUUUUUUUUUUUUUUUUUUAAGAAACUGGGUUUGAGGAUUUUGUAGCAUUUUCAAUUUUAGUUUCAACACCACACUGCCCGUGUGCUUCUCCCUUCUUCCUUUGCAAUGAAAUUUAGUUCUCUAUUCAAUAAA